UAAUCGAGAAUAUUAUCUUUAUUAUUGUUAAUAUUGAGGCAUGAUAAUGAUAUUUAUCGACAUACCCCGAUUCCUGAAUAUAAAGGCUUUGAUAAUUAUUAUUCAAUGUACACUCUUGGAUUAACAAACAAUAACCGAUGUUAAUUAUAUAAUUAUAAAUUUAUAAAUGAUAAUGCACUAUUCACUUCACGAGUCAUUUGAAUGUAGUUUUCACUUUGACUAGCUUUCUUUGGUAGGAGCUUUUGUACACAGUAUAAUAAUUAGAGUUCACAAUCCAAUAUCGAAUUUGUACUUGUUUUUUCUUCCUAUAAUUUAUGAGCCACAGAUUAUCUUUGUAAAAAUUUCUCUCGUCACUUUCUAUUUUUAGAAACGCGCAAUCGAAGACCAGUAACUUUUUAAUAUCUGCUUUGACUAGCGUAUUGAACGAAUCGGACCUACCAAUAGCAGGAUAUGAAUAUCAUUUUUACAAGUAUUCAAAGCGAUAAAUAACUGCAUCUCACUACGCAAUCAUGUACGCGGAAAGAUUUGCUUGAUAAGACAUUUUUUUCACAUGCGCCUGUGUAACAUUCCGAGACGUCGUUUGUAUCAAUUUCAUACAACGAAGAUGAUAAAGCUUAACCUCACUGAUUUGGCUUUGUUCAGUUAGCAAGACUUCGUAUAUAUAGUAGACUCGCGCACAUAGGUACUUAGGAGUUAGGCGCAACGCAACUGACAGACGUCUUUGUCAGAGAAGUUGUUGGGCUCGAGACGACAGUGUUUUCGUUGUUCAUUCAUUGUUGUCUCUUGUGUUUUAAAGAGUUUUGACCCAACGACCACUUGCGUCUCGCCACUCUUGACAUGUGUUGUACAUUAUUGUGAAGUGUCUUUCCUAAUAUUUCGAUACUUGUGACGUUCUUAACCUUACACUAAAAUGUCUUGGUUUUUUGGGAAAAAGAAACACAGAGAUUCCCCUCCUGACUCUCCGCAAGAGCCUGCACCAUCAGACGACGGAGAGUUCAUAUUUAUUGAGAGACGAAAUCAACCAGAGCCCAAUGCCGAUGAUAAGCCACCAAGUCUGUACCCAUCGCUUAGUAACAUAACUCCGUACCCAUCAAUGCCAAUGGCUCCAUUUGUUAAACAAGGUUCUCAAGAAGGCCCAACUAAUUACUUGACUAAUAUACCUUUCAAAUUCUGCAAGGAACUGGAAAGAAACAUGAACGAGGACUUGGUCAUUGACCAACUACGAUUAAAUGAAAUAGAGUCUUUUAUUAAAAGAAUUAACGCCGAUAACUAUGACUAUGAAUUUAGUGUAGAACGAAGUGUCAUCGCUGAAAUGGACAGUCAGAACGAAGAAUGAAGUUUGCCAUUACUAUAUAUACAAAUUUGUACACAUGUUAAAUGUUAUGAACACUCUUUAAGUUACAGUGCUUUAAAUUUUACAUUAAGGAUAUAGUAUAUAUGUAAAUUAUGCGCUCCUGUUUGUAAAUCAAAACAUCCAACUUUUUGUCCUUGUACAAAGUAUCUAUUCUUUUACAAAAGCUUAAAUUAUUGCCAUGCAAUGCUCACUCGCGAGAAUUUAUAGAUAGACCUCUAUUUACAUACAUAUGUACAUCGAGAUUUUUUUUUAAUAAAAGUGAUAUAAAAUGAUC